AUGAAGUUGCGACUAAGAUCCUUUGAAACCAAAGAAACCCUUAAACUUGAAGUCCCUAAUCCUUGCACUCUCCACCAUCUUACACAACUCCUCUCUCAAAAACUCCCUUCUUCUUCUUCUUCUUCUUCUUCUGCUAUAUAUUUCUCUCUCAACCAAAAAGACAACCUUACAACUUCUUCCCCUGAAGAUUCUAUUCAGUCAAUCGGAAUCACAUCUGGUGAUCUCAUCUACUUCACCACAAACCCUAAUGGAUUUUCCACUUUCUCCCCUGUCUCUCCACCACCACCACCACCCAAAUCAGAACAAUCUCAACAUUCCCAAACUUCAAAUCCCAAUUCCGGUAACCCAGACGAAACCCUUAAUCCCAAUCCAGAAGAGACUGAAGACUCUAUGGAAAUAGACGAUGAUGGGAAUUCCGUUUCCGAACCCGGAAAGUCCUUUUCCGUUCCGGGUUUUCUAAGGAAAGUUUUCACCGAGGAACUCGGCAAUGACAACGGUCUCAAUCACAAGCUUUUAGCAAUAGCAGUUCGCGCCGUGUUACUGGAAUCCGGGUUUCUAGAGAUCGAUCCCGUUUCAAAGACAUUAAAAGGUAGUAAUAACUUCGACAUUCAACGGAAUUGGCAUCUCGCUUCAUUCCACUUCACUCUUCUCGACCUCAUCACCACCGGAAACAUCGAAUCCGUCAAGAUCAAAUUCCAAAGCCUCGGAAAGUACUGCAAAGUUUACGGGUCUUUAGCAAAUGGAAUCGUGCAUUCUGUUCUCUUGGACGAAGACAAACUGGUUCCAUUUCUGAACGUGGUGUGGGCUAACUGCGGAAAAGUAGUCGAAACCAUGGGAGACAACAACCGCGUAUCAACUGUGGAACCAGAACGAGAAGUUUUCGAGUUUUGGAGGAAAACAAAGGACGGAAUCGCGAUUCCGCUUUUAAUUGAUUUAUGCGAGAAAACCGGUUUGGAACUCCCGCCUUGCUUCAUUCAACUUCCAACAGAACUGAAACUGAAGAUUUUGGAUUCCGUUUCCGGUGUUGAUGUUGCAAAUAUGAGCUGUGUAUGUUCGGAAUUGCGAUACCUGGCAUCUAGCGAUGAGCUCUGGAAACAAAAGUAUGUUGCUGAAUUUGGGGAUUGUAAAGGGUUGGGGAGUUUUAAAGAGAGAUUUGCAAAGUCUAUGGAAAGUCGGAAAAGGAUGAGGAGGGCUAGUGGGAGUAGGAGUGGAAGAUCGGGUGUGAAUUUGAUGAGGAUAAGGAAUCCUUAUGGUCGAUUUGGUCCUCCUGGUUAUUUUCCACCAAUAAGAGGCGGAGAUCAUGACAUAUGGAUGAAUGUGAAUGUUGGUAAUGGAGUUCCCAGACUCAGGAAUAUGAAUGUCAUUCCGAAUUGUAAUUUGGAGUUCUAG